AGAUGCGCUGCAUAAGAAUAGAAUAAUAGCCAUGGUUAGAACUGUAAUAAAGGGACAGAUAAGAUACUGGGACAUUUGAAACCAUACACUUGUGAACUCGGGCAUCUGGAAGUUCUCAUUCAGCUUUCAUAAAUCAGUUGUAUUCUGCCACAUGCCUCUUCAUUGGCUACAUGAGGGUUGUUGACUUGUUCAGAUAAAAAAUUACCUAUGGUGGCAGUGCAGAUCAAGGGGGCGUUUAGUAGAAUACACAGAAAAGGCCCAGCUCACCUUUAAAAAAGUGAAAAGGUGGCACAGUGCCAGAGCAAGGAGGGGUGGCACAACACCAGCCCCCUGCUUCCCCUGCAGUCUCACAGGAAAGGAAGCUCAUUUGGAAGAGGGGCGGUGGCACCCCCAGAUCCCCCCCUGCUGGGCCUGUGGCAAGCAAUCAUGGCAGCAGCUUCAUUUCACAGAUGCCAACACCACAGCUGUUUCCCACAAGUUGAUCAAACUUGGGCAUUAAUUUAUGGCAAAAGGAAAAAGCUACACAGACAGGAGAGCAAAUUAAUUAAUAUUAAUGAAUGAAUGAAAACCCUAUACCAUUGAAAGGCAGAAAAUGAUCAUUGGCUUUUAGCAGAUCAAACAGCAGAAAAGUGUACAUGCGUACCCAGCAGCUGGUAAAGUUUCUUCCACUUUGUUGGCAUCCCCCUGCAAACGAGCUCCCUCCCUGCACAGACUCGGGCUCCUUUACCCUUGGAAUGACCUUCCACAGGCCAGUAGUAAAAAGCAGGAUAAAGCACACAAAAGGAGGCUCAAAAAGAAGGUGGACAGUGCCACCUCAUGGUCACCUUUAUUCCUGGACUGAGUUGUGCAUGCUCACUCAUUGCACACACAAAUGCGCACGCACGCACUACAAUCUCACUGGAGAAAUUAAAUCUUCCAAAAACAGUUCUUUAUUGCAACUUCCAGUAGCUUGGAGUGCUCCUGGAUCCGUCAGUGUCACUUGAGGCUCAGGUGGCCUCAGAGGCUCGAGGGACAGUUUCCAAACUAUGGCUGGUUCCUGUGACUUGGCCGCAGGACUCCAUGCUCUGAUAACUUCCAGCAUGGAUUACUGUGAUGCGCUGUGCGUGGGACUGCCCUUGAAGACACUUCAGACUGCGCACAGGGAUGUUUUGCUGCUGGAGGCAAAACCGCCUGUGCUUGCCCCACCUCAGCCCUCACCACUGCCAGGCGCUCGCUGUUGCCAGCAGUUUGCCACCUCCUGUUCCUUGACCCUGAUGGUACACCCAUGAAUGGCAGCACACUCCUCCACUCGCCCGUGGGCUACCCCAAAAAACCUGAGCAGGACAAAGAUGGCAGCAAGUAGAGGAGCACGCCGCUAGGGUCAAGGAGACGGCGGUAAGCACCUGGCAGUGGUGUGAUGGGUCAAUGCAUCUGGCUCUUAACCAGAAGGUUAGUAGUUUGAGCCCACCCAGGGAAGGCUGUGGGCAAGAUUCCUGCUUUGCAGGGGGUUGGACUAGAUGACCAUCAGGGUCCCUUCCAACUCUACAAUUCUAAGAUGCCUUAUAACAAGUCCGACCCUUGGUCCAUCCUGCUCCCAUAUCGCCUGCACUGGCUGGCAGCGUUUCAGACCGGGAAUUGCCAGGGAUUGAACCUGGGACCUGCCGCAUGCAAAACAGAUGCUCUACCACUGAGCUGCGUCUCUUGCCCGCAGAAGAACAGACCAUAUAAGUAACAGCUUGUAGGUGGGGAGUAGGAACUACAACUCCCAGAAGUCUGUGCGGUCCGUCGUGCUCGCUGACUAUAAGGACGUCAAGGUUUCCUCCUGAGCGCCGCUCGCACUUCGGGAGCGUGUGGUUUGGGGAACUGGGGAGGGAGGCGGUGUUGAGAUCCGAAGUGGAGUCCUGGCAAAGACAGGGGAGAAGAGAGAAAACUGGGAAAGCUGCAGUAAGUAACUGGCAUGGGGAAAUAAGGAUUUUGGAAAACAGGUACAGUAGUUUCAACGCCCCCAGCCAGCUACCCGUGGGGUUUCUGGAUUUUUGAGCCAUCAUCAUUAUGGAUGGAGAAGCACCAGGCGCUGGGGAGCGUCUGCAAAAUCCUCCCAGAAGAGGCAGAAAACACGGAAACCAAAGGAGACAAAGAGAUCAGGAUGCAGGUGUUUGCCUCUCCAAGGCUCUUUCUUACGUGCUGCGCCAUGGGGCAGAGAAGUUGGGGCUACAGAUGGGGCUUGAUGGCUUCGUGGAUGUGGAGGAGGUUCUUCACCUGCCACAAUUUAAGGCUUGGACCCUGGAAGAUGUGCAGCGCGUUGUGGAGACAAAUGAAAAGCAGCGCUUUGCUCUACGCCCUCACCCUUCCAGCGGGCAGCUCCAGAUCCGGGCCAAUCAAGGGCACUCGCUGCAGGUGUCUGAACUGGAGUUGAUCCCACUGCUGGACCCACGGGAUUUCCCAGAGGUUGUGGCCCAUGGCACCUAUCUGCGCCACUGGCCAGAAAUUCGCCGCAGUGGCCUCUCGCGGAUGGGAAGGACGCACAUCCAUUUAGCGCCAGGGUUGCCGGGGGAUGGAGCUGUCCGGAGUGGAAUGAGAAGCAACUGUGACGUGGCUAUAGUCAUUGAUGUCGCCAAGGCUCUGGCAGAUGGAAUCAAGUUUUACCGCUCGGCUAAUGAAGUGAUCCUCACUCCUGGCGAUGCCAAUGGGCUGCUGCUCCCCUGCUACUUCUUGGAGGCCCUACAGCUCAAGCCUAGGCGUGAGUCGGGCAGCCUGCCUCUUGCCACUCUGGCCCGGGAGUGGUUGGGCAGCUUGCCAUUCAUGCUGCUGCAAAACCCAGAACUUUUGAGGCGUGCUGGGUGGGCUUGGGGGAGAAUGAAUGAAUUUUACACAAAUCUCGUGAAGGAUUUAGUUGCAGCUCCAUUGAAUUAGCACUUCCAGGUCUAGCUUGCUCUAACCCACAAGGCCUGCAGUGCUGCCUUUCUGGGCUGAGAUCACAACCAGAGUCCUGCACAUGUUGUUCUCUAAAUCCACAACCCUCGCCAAUCCAAACCUCCCAGGAAGCCCUGGCAAUCGCAAGUACUUGUGCAUGACAUAGUUGCUAUCUCACAUGAUUGACAAGGGGGUUGCCCUCCAUCUGUCAAAAUUCCAAAUUGUUUCCUCCCUCUCUGCGCUCUGCUGCUGAGGUGGGCAGUGGCAGCACCAGAGUAGGAUGGUUGCUGAGGAGCCACUGUGGCUUUUGUGACUGUUCUGCUGCAGCUUGUUUGGGCCUCCAAUGCAGCUGCAAUGAGCCAGCAGCUCUUGGAAGGCUAGCAUCACUCUGCAGGCUACAGCACCACCUAUUGGCAGCCAAGCAAACAGUUGCAUGACAACAACCCUAAGCAAAUACAAAAUUGGAGAAGAUUCCCACCCUUCCCCAAGUAGCUCAGGGCAGCAUGCAUAGUUCUCUCCCCUCGCCCACUUUUGUCUUCACAAUCUUGUGACAUAGGUCAGGCAGAGAGAGAGAGAGAGAGAGAGAAAACACAAAUGAACAUGACUGGCCAAAAAUCCCCCAGUGAGCUUCAUGGCUGGGGUUGAAUCUGGAUGUCCCUAGCACUAUAGCUACUAAACCCAAUUGCCUUUGUACAUCCUCAGGACCACUUUUGUUUUAUGUUCCUGUGACAUGCCUUGCAACUAAAAAUCAGGAGUGGAGGCAGCAAUCUAUAUACUUGGGCUCAAUGUUUUUAUGGGGAGUCACACCAUGUGCUUUUUUUGUCCCCCAGGGUGUGUGUUGUCCCUCAGCUGUCCUGAUCCUGAGCCACUGGGUGCAUCUACCUCUACGUAAUUUAUGUCACUUACAUUCAUUUGAAUGUAAAGGCCUUAUCCAAACACUUAAAAAAAAAGCAACUGAUUACAUAUUGUUUGAAGUGAUGAUGUGAACAAAAUACUGAUUGUAUUCGCUCGACUGAUUUCCAUGCCAGACCACAGACAAACUGUAGCAAUUUCUGCUUUUCUGUUUCCAUUGUACUUCUUUGGCAUCCCUUU